CCCACUCGAUUUCAUUCUUGCACAUUUCAUUUAGCCUGGCGACCAGGAGGUUGCAUGUGUACACUCAAGUAGGUGGAGGUGAAUUCCUUGAUUCUACCUUUGUUUUUGCCAGGCGGAAUCAUCUGCAUGCAUCGGAUCUAAAACCUGAAGUAUCGGACUCAAGCUGCCUGGCGCUAGUACUGGAGGGGAACGUUGAAAAAUCGGGCUGUAACAACAGUUGGCGGAACCUCCACUAGUGUACUUGCCCGAACGUGAGGUUUCUGGUUUGAUUCCCAUUUGACGGACCGGAUCAAACAAGGGACCAAAGAAAGAAAAAAAAGCAACCCUGGACCAAGUUCCGCAGGCAAGGAAAGUGUUUUGUAGGAUCUUAUUGUUUUUAGGAAAAGUUUUGGUCGAGUAAUUUGUUUCGCAAUGUCUCGGGGUCUGCUCGGGUUGUCAGCUGUGCUGCUAGCGGCCUUCCUCGUGAGGAGCGCCGAAGGACUGGACGGAGACGCUCCGGUGCGGUCGAACAGGCAGUGCCAUGAAGAUAACCUGAUGAAGCGCGUGCGACGGGCCACCGCCAUCGUGACCGGCACGGUCGAGCAGAAAAUGAACGGCUACCCCGAUGGAAAGUACAAGGCGAAAGUCCGAGUCUGGAGGGUUAUGAAAGGUACGAACGAGAUCCCCACCGCCAAUAGAGUCCAGCCGCUCCGGGACCCGAGCAGGGGUGUAGCGGAGGUUAUGGUGGACGGCUUCGGGGAUCCCCACAUCUGCGACAACGAGGUGGACCAGGGCGACACGCGGAUCUUUCUCUUGGACAAGAAGCCGGCAGGCCCUCCGGACGAGUUCGAGCUGACCUCCAGUCUGAUCCGAGUCACCCUGGAUAACCUCAUACACGCAGAGUCCGCCGUCAAAGGUCGGUUUCACAAACACACACCUUCUCUACAUAUUGUUAUAUCUAACGGCUAAACAAAUUAACGAUAC